UUUCUAAAACAUCCAAUAGAUGGUGCUAUUUUAUUUAGGUGUUUGUUUACGUUUGUAAUUAGAUCAUGAUGAGGUUAAAAUGCCUGGUGAGGAAAAAUUGGGUAAAUAUGUAAAAGAAGUUGAAAAUAUACGUAGAAAAGCUCAAGAAUUAAGUUUAAACGAUGAAGAAAUCAAUGGGUUAUUUAAAGAGUGUUUUGCACAACUAAAAUCUCCUAAAAAGGAGAAAAGUAAGCUCAAAAAAAUAGUGUGGAACUUCCUCAAAGUAUUUUUCUUAUUUAUUAUUAUUAUUCUGAUUUUGUACGUUAUAAUAAAUGUGCAUCAACCAACUACGAGUAUUGUUUUGAGAAAUGUGCAAGGAUUAAUAUAUCCAGGAUUGAGUUUAAUUAGGUUUUUAAUGGUGCCAAUUAUUAAAAAGUAUCCAUCAUUAACCAAAUUGUACGAUGAAAGCUGUUUAGUUGAAAAUCCAUAUUUUUAUUUGAACGAUAUGGAAUGUUGGCCUUGCCAAAAUGUUUACUCUGUUAUUGAUUUAACAGACUCAAAUAACCACAGUAUGUAUCAUUCGGGAAUACCUUACAUAAUAAAAACAAAUCAAUCUUUAAUAACAUACGAAAAAUUAAUGGAAACUUAUUUAAAUAAUAAAGAAAUUUUUGAUAAAGAUGCUGAUAGAAUAAAAUCAUCAAAUAACUCAUUAACACAAAUUAAAGAUUUGGUUGAAUUUAAUCUGAAAGAGUCUUCUGAAACGCAUAUUUCCUGGAGAAUUAACAGGAUGACUCCAAUACGAUUAAUUAGGAAACUUUUUCCAAGACCUUAUAUUAUUUCUGAGUGGUCUGGACAAAGUAUGGAAAGAUAUGUAAUGAUUAACGGUCCAAAAUCGUUUCCUUAUCAACUCCCAAAUUUUGAAUGCAGUUAUGUAUUUGUUAUUCAAGGAUCUGGUGAACAAACAAUUAUUUUAAAACCAACUCAAGAAUGUUUUGGUGAAUGCAGAACUAUUUCUGUCAUUUUAAAACCGUCUUAUGUCUUAUGGUAUAAUUGGUGGUAUUGGAGACCAAUUAGUCUUCCAACAAGAAAUGCCACUGGAAUAUCAAUCAGCUACAUUAAUUCGUAUUGUUAAUUGAUUAAUUAAAAAAUAAGAAAUGUAAAACUGAAACCAAAGAACUGCCAAUUUUAGUCUUCAAUGUAAAAUUUAAUUUUUGUGCCUCUUUACACAAUUAUUUUGUAAACGAAACCAAAGAAUUUUUAACUAGUGCUGUAUUUAAUAACUAUAUUUUUGUAUUUUUGUGAAUUAAGUGAAUUACUCAAUAUACUCAACAUGUUUUUAA